GAAAAAUUGUCAAUCAUUAUGUGACACCAUGGCCGAUGGUCUUCGAGCCGCUGCACAUCCCAACUUCCUUACUCUGGACGCAUUCUUGGCCGGGUGCAACAAAUCCUGGGGCGCCCGUGAUUUGCACGCGGUGCAGAGGAAACUGGAGCAGAUUGGUGUGUCAGGCGUUCCUGACUUGCUGCGCUAUGAGCGCUCAGGUGUUCUGAACGAUCUAUUGGCUGCAGCUGGUCAAAAAACAUUUUAUCCUGCAACUUUAGCAGCGUUCCGUGCGGCCGAGCCUCGCACAGGAUUUCCAACAUCUUCAACACAACUGCCGAAGACUCCAGAAGGAGUGGAUGGAUAUGGAGACGACAGCAGUGACGUUGACGAGCUGGAGGAACUUCUGAACGAUUUCUUUUGCAGGGCAUCUGCGAUGUCUUCGAGGCCUUCUGAGACCCGAGAACGGGUUGGCUUCGAUGAGGCUACACUGCGCAGGCAGGUGAAUCGGGGUUUGGCUUACAUCGAUGAAGCAGCGAAAGAGGUGCACACGCGAAACGCAAAUCUCUCCCGGUGCCUGGAAGAAGUUCAAGCUGACAUUUCACGCAUCUCCGAGCGCAUGCAGGCUGCCCGACGAGAGCGCCAGCGCGGCCGUGCAGCCACCAGCGCGGUGGCAUCCCGGAUGUUCGCAGAAAGGCCUCAGACCUUUGCAGCCCCUAGCAAUGUCAGCAGGAAAUACGUCGAUGAGACCCCGAGGCGCCCCAAAGUGGCCACCAAAGCAGCCAAAGCCCCUGAGAAACAGAGCAGCCGAGGCUUUACGCCACCGUGCCCGCGAGCCGCAAAGGAAGGCUUUUCCUUCGGAGGUUGGCACAGUUUGCGGCCACAGCCACUCGUUGACCCUCAGCAGUCUUUGCAGGAGUCUGUCCGUGCACAGUUGGCUUCCUUAAAGUAUGAGAGCAAAGCCAACCAGAAAGCAGCCGUCAAAAGGCUACUUGUCAAAUGGCAUCCUGAUCGAAAUCUUGAACGCGCUGAAACGGCCACUUCGAUUUUUCAGUUCAUCCAGCAGGAGAAGGACAAGAUGUUCGGACCGCUUUGAGCCAGGCUUGUAGCUCUAAAUUUGGUCAGCCGCCCAUGGCUGGAUGUCAGGCGGUUAUGUGCCUUCAUGGCCCCAUCGCAUUAGUGACAGGGAUGCCUCAUAGUUUCACACUUCCCGAGUUUUAUUUAAUUCACUCACUGCAGAGGCCCCUUCUGGCACCCUGCGGGAGCCCUAAGCAAGAUACAGAUGGACAAAGCACACAAAGUGUGCUUCGAGCCAAUCUGCUUGCCAUCAAAACAGGAGUCAAGCCACACUGUGUUGACUGUGUGUCUCUUUGACAAGUUUGCGAUCAGCAAUGGGCAUCCAUCGCCCUCGCAACAUGUCAAUAUGCACGAGCAGCAAGAGUGAUCUUUGCUCUCUGCAUUUGGUUCCCGGAAGUAUUU